AUGUCUUCUUCUUUACGCCAUUUAGUUUCAAUUAAAGAUCUUUCCGAUGAAGAAUUUAGAAUCUUAGUACAAAGAGCUCAGCAUUUUAAGAAUGUUUUCAAAGCAAAUAAGACAAAUGACUUUCAAUCGAACCAUUUGAAACUAUUAGGUAAGACCAUUGCCCUUAUUUUCACUAAGAGGUCAACUAGAACAAGAAUUUCCACCGAGGGUGCAGCCACCUUUUUUGGUGCCCAGCCAAUGUUUUUGGGCAAAGAGGACAUUCAGCUAGGUGUUAAUGAAUCCUUUUAUGAUACCACCAAGGUUGUAUCAUCCAUGGUUUCAUGUAUUUUUGCCCGUGUAAAUAGUCAUGAAGAUAUUCAGGCUUUUUGUAAGGAUUCAUCUGUGCCAAUUAUUAACUCUUUAUGUGAUAAAUUUCAUCCUUUACAAGCAAUUUGCGACUUGCUGACGAUAGUUGAAAACUUUGAUAUAUCUCUGGAUGUAGUAAACAAGGGUACAAAUUCCAAACUGAAAAUAGCAUGGAUUGGUGACGCUAAUAAUGUUAUAAAUGAUAUGUGUAUCGCAUGUUUGAAGUUUGGGAUGAGCGUCAGCAUUGCUACCCCUCCCGGUAUCGAAAUGGAUUCCGACAUAGUCGAUGAAGCUAACACAAUUGCUAAGAGGAACGGUGCAACAUUUGAACUAACGCAUGACUCCUUAAAGGCUUCCAUCAAUGCUAACAUAUUGGUAACUGACACUUUCGUCUCUAUGGGUGAAGAAUUUGCAAAGCAAGCUAAACUGAAACAAUUCAAAGGGUUCCAAAUUAAUCAAGAACUAGCCGCAGUGGCUGAUCCAAAUUUCAAGUUUAUGCAUUGCCUGCCAAGACAUCAAGAAGAAGUCAGUGAUGAUGUCUUUUAUGGUGAACAUUCCAUUGUCUUUGAGGAGGCGGAGAACAGGCUAUAUGCGGCUAUGUCCGCUAUUGAUGUCUUCGUCAAUAAUAAAGGCAAUUUCAAAAACCUGAAAUAA